UCUUAGUGUAAAGAUGGGAAGCAACUUUGAAGAGAGAAAAGAGAAUGGAAAUGAAGUUCAUGUUGUGGUGAUUCCAUAUCCAACCCAAGGCCACAUAAACCCACUCCUCCAAUUUGCCAAACACCUCCAUCAUGAAGGACUCAAAGUUACAAUACCUACCAUUUUAACCAACUCUUCCUCCCUUCAUGACCUCCCUAAUCUCACUAUUCAAAAUGUAUCUCUCUUUCCAUACCAAGGCACAGAUCCCGAGACCCUCCACUCUUUUUCAGAGCGUCGUCAGGCUUCCAUUCGCUUGCAUUUGACUCAACUUCUUACUCGUCAUCGAGACGAUGGUAAUCCAAUUGCUUGCCUUGUUUAUGAUUCUAUCAUGCCAUGGGUUCUUGACAUUGCCAAACAGUUUGGUGUUUUGAGUGCUGCGUUUUUCACUCAAUCUUCUGCUGUUAAUGCUAUUUAUUACAACUUUCACAAAGGAUGGCUUAGUAGUGAUGCAUUAAAGGAGGGUUUGAUUUGUUUGGAUGGGCUUCCGGUUCUUUGCUCUUCAGAUCUGCCUUCUUUUGUUUCUGAGCAACACAAGUACCCAGCUAUUCUUAGCUUCUUAGCUAACCAAUUUGUAGCAUUGAAUGAUGCCCAUUGGAUCUUUGCCAACACAUUUGAUAGCUUAGAACCAAAGGAGGUGAAGUGGAUGGAAGGGGAGAUUGCAAUAAUGAAGAACAUUGGACCAAUGGUUCCUUCAAUGUACUUAGAUGGACGUCUAGAAAACGACAAAGAUUAUGGGGUUAGCUUGUUUGAAUCAAAUAAUAAUAAAGAUUCGACAAUGAAAUGGCUUGAUUCUAAGCACAACAAAUCCGUAAUUUACGUCUCAUUUGGAAGUGCUGUUGAAUUGGAGAAGGAGCAAAUGGAAGAAUUAGCAUGUGCCCUUAAACUAACCAACAAAUACUUCUUAUGGGUUGUUAGAGAAUCCGAGAUCCAUAAGCUUCCUCACAAUUUCGUUGAGGAUCAUGAGGACACAGCAGGUGAUCAGAAAGGGUUGGUCGUAAACUGGUGCUCUCAGCUUCAAGUUUUGGCUCAUAAAUCCAUUGGAUGUUUCGUUACGCACUGUGGGUGGAACUCGACCCUCGAAGCGUUGAGUUUGGGAGUGCCGUUGGUGACGAUGGCGCAGUGGUCGGACCAGCCAACGAAUGCUAAGUAUGUGGAGGAUGUGUGGAAGAUUGGGAAGAGGGUGAGAUUAAUGGAGGAAGAUAAUGGAAUCUGUAGAAGAGAAGAGAUAGAGUUAUGUGUGAAUGAAGUUAUGGAUGAAGAAGGAGAAGUUAGUGAAGAAAUUAGAAAGAACUUGAGGAAGUGGAGGGAAUUGGCAAAAGAAGCUAUGGAUGAUGGGGGAACCUCUCAUGCAAACAUUAUGCACUUUGUACAACAACUUUUGUACAAAACUAAUUAAUUUCCAUCAUUUCUGUGAAAGUGUGUUACGUAUCAGAUUUAAUGACACUAAUUUUGUUAUUAUGUAUGUUAAACUUCUAUUACAGUUCGGUUUCAUCUGGUAAUAUUAUAAAUGCCAUAAAUUAUAAGUUGAUUGAUUACCUUAUUUGUAACAUUUCAAGAACUUUUGAAUCACUUAAUCAUUU